AUGAGCUUUACAAAAGGAGGCGUUUUGUUUUAUUCCAACUGUAGCUUCCUCACCCUUGAACAAUCAUGGAAGAAUAAAAGUAGCUUCAGUAGAGAGAGGGACGAGUCUCCGGAGGCUGUCUUGUGUAGUGCCCAAAGAGGCAGAGCUCUGUUUCUACAGAUGCCAGUGGUCAGACAUGCUCGUGCUCACGUGUUAGCAUUUCUCCAGGUCCGACCUGCCUCAGGAUGGUGGAAAACACAGCACAUUCAUCUGUGACCCAACCACCAUUGUGGUUCCUAGGCUUCAUCUCUCAGCUUGACUGGUGAGAGGGUUGGCAGUGUUUUGCUCCUGGCCUUAGUUCCAGCUGCUGAUUUGGACCAUGGCUCUGUGACGGACUACUCCCUGGCUGCAGCCCUCACUUUUCAUAGUUACUGGGGCCUUGGACAAGUGGUUACUGACUAUGUUCGAGGGGAUGCUUGGCAGAAGGCUGCCAAGGCAGGUGUUUUGGCAUUCUUGGCUUUAACCUUUGCUGGGCUUUGUUAUUUCAGCUUUUAUCCUAUGGGCAUCUGCAAAUCUGUUGCCAUGAUGUGGAAGCUCUGACCUCUUUGACCUAAUACCUUGAGAAUGGACUGUACACCUCUUUUCCUCUGCUCUGUUAAGCCAUUUAACUCACAAUAAGGAGGAAAUAACAGUUAAGCCCACUGGUGAGACAAAUCUCUUCUCAACACCUGGUUAUUUUUAGAACUUAGUCUUUGAGGAAAAAGUGUGAGAGGAAUUGUAUCCAAGAAA